AUUUGUCAAAUACAUUGCAUUGAAAGCAUAGGCAAUGCAAAGACACCCUCACUGUUGAGGACGUAUACCAUGAAUGCGUUGGUCUUAUGAUUGAAGUGAUUGGGAAGCGUUGUAUUGGCACAAGAAAUAGUGGUUUUCACAAUGGAUUUGAAUGAUCUGUUCAUGAGUUGCAAGAAAGGAGAUGUGAAUCGUGUUAAACAACUGGUGGAGCAGAAGGAAGUGGAGCUGAAUGUUCGGGAUCGGUGGGACUCGACUCCCCUGUACUACGCGUGUCUGUGCGGACACACCAAUGUUGUCCGCUAUCUCCUUAAGUCAGGUGCCAGAUGUGAGGCCAACACUUUCGAUGGCGAGCGAUGCGUCUACGGGUCACUCACUCCGGAGAUCAGGAAUAUCUUAGUGAAGGACUAUGUG